UCUCCAUUCCUUCUUCGAUCAUUAUCCCCUCUCCCUAGAUACAUAUCUUCCGUUGCCACCUUGAAGUAUAUAAAAACAAUACAAGACUAAAAAAAAAUAAAGAAAGAAAGAAAGUAAAUGGGUAAUUUGAUGGGGCAUGUGCUACCUGGCUUAGGUUUCUUCUUGAUAGGCUUAUGGCACCUACUAAACCAAGUCAAACUCCACGCUUCUCACCCAAAAACCUACUUCUCUCUCCCAUGGUUCCCAUCUCCAAGAAUCAAGUACUUGGAGCUCUACGUGAUCAUGGCCGGCACCUUGGUCUCCAUUUCCAUGGAGUUGUUCGUGGGACCCGCAAGGCACACCCCAUUUGACCCCGACGGCACCAUACCCUUCAACCAUCUCCGCAACUUGGAGCACGCAGGCAUCUCCGCCACCAUCCUCCUCUACGCGGUUUUCACCUUGGUUUUGGACCGGGCAUCGCCGCCGGCCAAGCACGGGCUGACGCACUUCGUCGGGGCGGUUGCUUUCGGCCAGGAGCUUCUCCUCUUCCACCUCCACUCCACGGACCACAUGGGGGUUGAAGGGCAGUACCAUUGGCUGCUGCAGUUAGCCAUUUUCGUUUCCUUUUCCGCCACCAUUUUGGGCAUUCCUUUCCCCAGCAGCUUCUUAACCAGCCUCGCCAGGUCUUUCGGCAUUAUGCUACAAGGUGGGUGGAUGGCUGCCAUGGGGAUUUUGCUUUGGACGCCGGGGUUGAUCCCCAAGGGAUGCUUCAUUAACAACGAGGAUGGCCACCACAUCGUGCGGUGCCGCACCGUGGAAGCUAUGGAGCGUGCCAAGUCUCUGGCGAACAUUCAGUUCAGCUGGUACGUAAACGCCGUCACCAUUUUAGUGCUCUCAAUCUACUUGGUGUGCGUCAGAAAGGCGGAGGAGGACUACGAACGUUUGUCCAAGGAAUGUGAUGAGGAUCAGAAGGAGUUGAUUCAACGUAACGUUGAAGCUCAAAUAAACCCUUACGAAAAACACGCAAAAACUUCAAACUAUUAAGAAAUUAAAAAGAUCGAUGGAGUGGAAACUGUACGGUUAGUACUGUUAGUGAUUUGAAAUUAUUAGUGUGGUUUAUAAAGUAAAAGGCUUCAACAUAAAUUCUCCUGAAAUGUAAAUUUAUUAGUAUGCA